AUGGCACAGGCUGCGAACGCAGCGCACUUGCGCCGGCAGCAGGCGAUGCGUGCUGGAAUUGAGGCUUCGCGGUCAUCUUCACAGGGGGAAGUGGACAGCAAUUCGAAUCAGAAUUCAAACCAGAGCUUUAUCAUUACGGAACACGUCUCUCCCUAUCAACAAGAGUUAUUGCGAGGGCAGCAGACCCAUCCAGCAUACUGGGGCCAGCAAGCAUCACCGGAUGCCCCGCGAUCUCAAGGAAAUCAAAGGCAGCAAGGCCAGAGGCCAUCUGGACAGCAGUCCCCUCCAUAUUAUUGGGUCCAGCAGUAUGCGAGGCAACCUACUACCAAUGCGUCCUCCUAUCCGUCCAAUACUUCCCGCCGAACCCACAAGCAGCCGCCGAAGCCUUCUCGGCCAACCCCAGACCAGGGAAUGACCACGUCAAUAAAUCAGCAAGCACCUCAGUUUCAAUUCUCAUCUACAUCCAGCCAGGUGCCCGACGACCGAAAUUUCAUAACGGAUUCGUCUCACUCGCAUCCUGCAAGAUCUCCUCAAAAUCUGCCACCAUCCAAAAAUCCCGCUAUGGCCACCAUAGCCAGUACCUUUGCGUCGGGUUCAUCGUCCGCCUCUGCUCCCUUCCCACCACAACAAAAUGGUCCACCGUGGAGUAUGUACCCUUUCAAUACAUUCAAUCCGACAACUAGCGAACAGCCCCCGGCGUUUAUACCUCAUUCUCCUCUAAUUGCACCACCGCAGUGGAAACACGCAAGGUCUGUCAAUUACGGACAGGAAGUUCUCCCUCAAAAUCCCCGAGAGAGAUGGGCAAACGGGCUACUGCCGACAGAAAUCCCUCCUGAUACAUCUGAUUCCCCGGAAGCAGCAAGCGGAGCAGUUCAAGGGCCAGGAGGUUGGAAGGCGCCUAAUGCACCAGGUCAACUACAUUGGCAGCCCCAAGUUUCAAGCUCAAGGAAUGCUGGUUCUCAGCUGUCUAUGGCCUCUAUAGCGCCACCUUCGUCAAGAGCUUCUGGAGCCGGGUAUGCGUCGGCGAAUCAAGCCAGAGAGCCUCCGUUCGGUGCAUAUGUCGGUGAUAUACGGCCCCCGUCUGCUAAAAUACAGCGACUCCAGGAUGGCUCCAGGCAUGCGGUAAAUCCUCCAAAUGGCGCAUCCAAGUUCUCACGAUACGUCCAUCGGUCUCCCUCUCCAGCGCACUUGAAAACGCGAUGCGGUCUUGUCCAGCCGAUUGAUGUCAGAGAUGCAGCUCUUAAAGAGUCUUACGAUCCUGCCACCAUCGCACGAGAUGUGUUGAUAAAUGCGGACAAGCACCCUACUGAGCCUAUUUUGAACCAUCACUUAGAGAUUCUAAGUCAGAACAUACCAUCCAUCAAUAUCGCCUCGGACUUGGAAUCGAUCCGCUGGGAUCUGAUUGACCCCGUGUCAUCACGUGACACAGCGAUUCACCGCUCGCCCGCGCGUGUCGAGUCGCGUCCCUCCAAAGAUCUCGGUGUGCCACCAUUUGUGCCUCCUUCUUAUCAAGCUUGGCAAUCUCAAUUUCCGCCUUCUCCCGCUCCCGCUACUGCUUUCGCACGCCCCGCUCUUCGACCACCUUCUCAGUCACCACCUCCCCCCUCACCUUCGGCCCAAUUCCCGUAUCCGGCCCCGCUUCCGGUCUUUACGAGGCCGUCCACAUCGAAACCUUCAUCCGCACCAAUCACCACACCCACGCCAGUGCUACAGCCCACGGCAGAGUUACCGCUUGGUCCGAAGUUAUCUCCAGCUCCAGCACCGGCACCGGCACCGGCACGGCCAAUUCAACCACAAACACCAUCUAGCUCCGGCCUGAGGCGGGCUUCGGAGUCAUCGUGGUCUAAAGAGCCAUCGCGGUCCCGGCAACACUCGCCUCACACGCAAGUCCAGGUGGUAAUCCCACCGAGCCCUCACAGGAUGCCCCCACGCAAGAAGGGCCAGGUAGGCCGGCCCAAGAAGACUGCUGAAGCUACCCAUAACGUGGAGGUGGCCAUUCAGCGUGAGCCUACAGUCCCCUAUCCGAUUUAUCAUUGCAAGUGGAUCGACUGCCUGGCAGAACUCCACAACCUGCAGGCGCUUCAGAGCCAUGUCCUUAAGAUCCAUAUCCCGCACAACCUCCACUGUGGCUGGAAAGAAUGUGCCGAUCGAACUCCGCGGGCUGCAGCAGACAUGUGGGAGCAUGUCACCAAGCAGCAUAUCGAAAAAGUGGGCUGGACUCUUGGAGACGGUCCAGUGGUACCUGUAUCUGGUGAGAACGAUCUGGCUACAAUUGAUAUUUCUGCGCGGGAUUCACAUCUGUGA